CCCGAAAUUCCUUUUAUUUAAAGUAUAUGUCCUUAUUUUUUUUGAGAUAUUUUUUCAAUUAGUUCUUGUAUGUACAAACUAAAUUUAUUCUAUUGUUUAUAGGAAAUGCUUUGUAAAAGUUUAAGUGAUCUACGUGAAUAUAUUAUGGAAGCUGGUUUACAUACACCACCUGAAAAAAUUAAAGCAUCUCUAUUUGUUACAGAAAUGACAAAUAGGCAAGAGAGGAGGGGAAAAAAAGUAGUAUAUUUUAUGUUGUUCAAUAGUCAAAGAAAAAGUGUAUAACUUCGUUUUUUUUAUUAGUUAGCAUAUUUUGUUGAACUCGAGUUGUAUCAAUGCAUAGUAAAAAUAUAAUUGUAGUUAUAACAUAGUACAUAUUUGAAAAUAAAGUAUAUA